AUGUGCGACGGCGGCGUGCGCGAGCGAUGCGCGCGCGUCGUGCAGUGCCCCCCCCCGGGCGCGGGUCAACCGAUCGCGAGCGAGCGUCAACGGCCAUUUUUGAACCGCGCGGUUCGAGAUGAAAAAGGUCGUUGCCCCGCCCCGACCGACGACGGGCGCGGUAUCCGAGACGUCGAAGAUGCGGACACCGCGCCGCGCGUUACCACCCCCUCACCCCACGCCGCCGCCGCGAUGUCCGCGGCGCAGCCUCCCCCCGCGCAGGUCAAGAACGCGCUCGGCGCGCUCAAGAAACAGCGCAGCGAAAACCGCAGCCACCGACGCUCGCUCAGCGGCGGAACCCUGGACCUCUCCCCCGAGGCGCUCGCGGCGCCGAUGAAAGCGAUGCACGUCGGAGGCUCUCGCGGCGCGAGUCCGAGCCCGGCGUCGUCGCCGUCGACGUCGCCCACGGGGACGACGAUGACCGCGCACGAGAAGCUGAAGGCCGCGUCGAAGCACCGACGGCUGUCGAACGGCCGCGCGUCGCCGACCCCGUACGACCUCCACGCGAGCGGCGACGCCGACGCGAAGGCGCGCGAUGUUGGUGACGGAAAAUCACCAACGAGCUCCGCGUCCGGCCCCGCGUUCGAGUGGCUGCUUCGCCGACAGAUGGAGGUGGAGAUGAUGUUCCGCGGGGAGAAGCCCGCGACCUGGCGUCAGUGCGACGUCGUGCGCGUCCGCGACGUCGUCGCGCGCUUCGCGGCGUUCUUCGUCGACCUCCACGCCGCCGCCGCGUCGCUGCCGGGCGCGUCGGCGUCGUCGAAUCGAUUCGGCGUCGGCGGCGGCGGCGGCGGCGAGCCGUCGUCGUCGUGCGCGCCGUCGACGCUGUUCCAGGAGCUGCUCCACCGCGUCAGCGGCGUCAACGCGGGGCGCUCGAUGGACGAGCAGAAGCGCGAGGGGAACGUGCCGAUGCACCAGGCGAAGGUGUUGGACCGGCGGCAUCGAACGAACGACGAGUGCGCGGGGAUGGACGAAUCGCUCGGACGCGAGAGAGUGAUGAAUCUGGUCGCGAGCGUGAAGGCGCGUUCUAUCGUACACUGGUCCCCAUACGGCCGCGUUCGCGUGGUGAACGCCAAUCCUUAA